GCCGCCGCCGCGCCCGCGCAGGUGGCCAAGGCCGACUCGCCCAAGACGGCGGUGCAGCCGGCGCCCGCGCCGCCGCAGGCCCUGGCGGCCAGCUGCCCGGCCGGCGCGGGGGCCGGCAUGAUCCUCGGGCCAACUAUGCAAGGGGCGCUGCCCGCCGCCGCCGCCGCUGGACUGCCGCCGCCGCCGCCGCCGCCGCCGCCGCCGGCCCCUGGCACCCCCACCGGGCUGCCCAAGGGCUCGGCCAGCGCGGGGCCCCAGAGCCUGCCCAGGACGCCCUCGGCCACCACCGGCGGGAUCCGGGCCACGCUGACGCCCACGGUCCUCGCCCCCCGCCUGCCGCAGCCGCCUCAGAACCCGACCAACAUCCAGAACUUCCAGCUGCCCCCAGGUAUGGUCCUCGUGCGGAGUGAGAACGGGCAGUUGUUAAUGAUUCCUCAGCAGGCCCUGGCCCAGAUGCAGGCCCAGGCCCACGUGCAGACCCAGCCUCAGACCACCAUGGCGCCCCGCCCUGCAACCCCCACAAGUGCCCCUCCCGUCCAGAUCUCUACCGUACAGGCACCUGGGACCCCUAUUAUUGCACGACAGGUGACCCCAACAACCAUAAUCAAGCAAGUGUCUCAGGCCCAGACGACGACGGUACAGCCCACCACGGCGCUGCAGCGCUCACCCGGAGUGCAGCCUCAGCUGGUUCUGGGUGGUGCUGCCCAGACAACUUCCCUCGGGACGGCGACGGCUGUUCAGACGGGGACACCUCAGCGAACGGUCCCAGGGGCCACUACCACCUCCACAGCUGCCACGGAAACCAUGGAAAACGUGAAGAAAUGUAAAAAUUUCCUGUCUACGUUAAUAAAGCUGGCUUCAUCUGGUAAACAGUCCACAGAGACAGCUGCUAAUGUGAAAGAACUAGUACAGAGCCUACUGGAUGGAAAAAUCGAAGCAGAAGAUUUCACUAGUAGAUUAUACCGAGAACUUAAUUCUUCACCUCAACCUUACCUUGUGCCUUUCCUGAAGAGGAGCUUGCCCGCCUUGAGACAGCUGACCCCCGACUCCGCAGCCUUCAUCCAGCAGAGCCAGCAGCAGCCGCCGCCCGCCUCGCAGGCCACCACCGCGCUCACGGCCGUGGUGCUGAGCAGCUCGGUCCAGCGCACAGCCGGGAAGACGGCAGCCACCGUGAGCAGCGCUCUCCAGCCCCCUGUCAUCAGCCUCACGCAGCCCACACAGGUUGGCGUUGGCAAGCAGGGGCAGCCCACGCCGCUGGUGAUCCAGCAGCCGCCCAAGCCCGGAGCGCUGAUCCGCCCGCCCCAGGUGACGCUGACGCAGACACCCAUGGUCGCGCUCCGGCAGCCUCAUAGCCGCAUCGUGCUCACCGCGCCCCAGCAGAUCCAGCUGAACCAGCUGCAGCCAGUCCCUGUGGUGAAGCCCGCUGUGCUACCUGGAACCAAAGCUCUCUCUGCCGUCUCGGCUCAAGCAGCUGCUGCGCAGAAAAACAAACUCAAGGAGCCUGGGGGAGGCUCAUUUCGGGAUGACGAUGACAUCAAUGAUGUGGCCUCGAUGGCGGGAGUAAACCUGUCGGAAGAAAGUGCACGAAUAUUAGCCACGAACUCUGAAUUAGUGGGCACCCUGACACGGUCCUGUAAGGACGAAACCUUCCUCUUACCAGCGCCUUUACAAAGAAGAAUCUUAGAAAUAGGUAAAAAACACGGCAUCACGGAGUUGCAUCCAGACGUAGUGAGUUAUGUAUCCCACGCCACCCAGCAGAGGCUACAGAACCUUGUAGAAAAAAUAUCAGAAACGGCUCAGCAGAAGAACUUCUCUUACAAGGAUGACGACAGAUACGAGCAGGCAAGUGAUGUCCGGGCUCAGCUCAAAUUUUUUGAGCAGCUCGACCAAAUUGAAAAGCAGAGGAAAGAUGAGCAGGAGAGAGAAAUCCUUAUGCGAGCGGCCAAGUCUCGAUCCAGACAAGAAGAUCCAGAACAAUUAAGGUUGAAACAGAAGGCAAAAGAGAUGCAGCAACAAGAGCUGGCUCAGAUGCGGCAGCGUGAUGCCAACCUCACCGCCCUCGCCGCCAUCGGGCCCAGGAAAAAGAGGAAAGUGGACUCCCCAGGACCGGGCUCGGGGACAGAGGGGUCGGGCCCAGGCUCGGCGGUCCCAGGCAGCUCCGGUGUUGGAACCCCCAGACAGUUCACACGACAAAGGAUCACGCGGGUCAACCUCAGGGACCUCAUAUUUUGUUUAGAGAAUGAGCGUGAGACAAGCCAUUCACUGCUGCUCUACAAAGCAUUCCUUAAGUAGCACAGGGCGGGCGCGGCAUCGCGGAUGGAGACGCCUGGGACGUUUUUAUAUAUUUGCAGAUUACGCCUUUUGUAACAAGCAAAUGGGAUAUUGUUUAAAAAACAGCCACCUCUUUACAACGGAACAGUUUUUUAUUCCUGUUUCUAAGUCAACUCUUCAGUAUGGAAGAAAACACGUUUCUGUAACAGAGAACACAGAGGCCCGUGGGCACUCUGAACGGACAAUUAACUCUUAACUCAUCUUUGAUUGAGUGGCCUUCUUGCCAAACAAGCCAUAUAUAAAAACUGAUGGAAUCGUUUAGCAAAUAAUUAGCUGCCCUCUGUCACCUCGUAGCGGUUUCUACAUUAUUUGUGCAUUUUGGUUUAUUCAGCCCAACUUACUGCGUAGGUGUGUGUCUACAGCAAUGACCUCAUUUCAUUUAUUUUAUUUUUGUAUUAGUCAGUUGGCAAAGCAAACUGAUUUUUUAGACUAUUUAUGUCCCCGUCCCCUCCCUCGCCAGAGUCCCCGAGGAGCACGGAGCUCAUCGCGCGCUCGCCCGGAGCGUGGUCACCUUUCUGCUCAGGAGAGGCCGCGCAGCGGCUCCUUCCGGACGUGCGGUCGGCAUCUGUACAGACGCGUUUUCUUUGCUGUAGUUUGUAAAGCUGUAAAGUUAAAAGAAAUGAAAACCUUUUCAGCAUAAAUAUAUUUUACUUGCACUGUGUUUUUUAGCUAAAAGUGGAAACUUAGAUGAAAUAAAAAUCAAAGUUGAGAAUCAUCAUCAAAAGACUGUUUCUCAGUGUGAAUCAAGUGUUGAAAAAUGGUUGGUGUAUUUUGUCAGUAAUUGUACAUAAUUUUUGGCACAUAACAUGAAAAUGGCUAUGUAAACUAUAAUUAUUUUGCUAAGAGACUGUAAGCAAGCUGUGGGCCAACUUUACAGAUGUCCAGAGCAAAGCCCCUUCUUUGUACCUAUUUUUUUAUUACAAAUAUACUAAUUGGUUCUUUAUAUUUUCAGAGGUUAUUGUAUUAAAUUGUCUAUUGAUAGUA